AUGUCUGCACCACUUCUUGCACAAACUCGGCCAAAAUAUCACUCCAGUUCCGCUAAGGGUGGUGACAGUAGUACUCCUUCGGUAAUAGAAUUGUAUUGCAGGUCAGGCAUGGCUUCUGUCAUUCGUCGGAUACGGCGAACGAACAAGAAGGCCGCAAAGUAUCGAUUUACAGCCACUCUGGAAGAACUUCUGAUAGUCGGCUCUGAGAAAUGGAAACCGAGUACAGUUACCGUCUCGUUCAUGCAUAGGCGAAGGAAAAUCAGCUCGAAAGAAAGAAAAUGGGAAGAAUCGUUUUCAAAUCCGGAUCAAACAGUAAUCAUGUGGCCAGAGCAGGCAGCAGAACAUAUAGAUAUUUUAACAACACUUUACAAAUCCCAACAUGACGAUCAAUUUGAUGAUAAGGAGUGGACCAUUGUUGUGGAAGAGGUAACUUCUAAAGGAAGAAGGAGACCUAUAGCUGCUGUUCCGCUCAACAUUCGCCUUUUCAUUAUGGAUUUUGCUGAUCAGAAGUCUGAGCUUAAAUUGAAGCUCCGACCGCUUAUUCCUCAAUUAAAGCAAUGCAAUUUAAUGCUACUACUUUCAAGUCAACUGCUCAAGGAAGGAUUCAAAGAUGAUGUCAGUCUUGCCUCAACUGUUUCCCAUAAUGGACGGGAUUCGAGGGAGCAAAGCGUAUGCGAUGCCCUCAAUGCCUCUGAGGAACAAGUCGAUCAUGGCGAUGCUAAAAAAGAACUGGCUCUCGUUGUAAAUACAAUUCAAAGCCAGUCAUGGUCUUCGGACACAAAGAAGGUCCCGAAGACAGCGCCUAUUGCUGUAGAAGAGGCGGAACAGUCUGACAAUCGUAGUACUCCCGGUAUACAACAACAAGCCGCUGGCUCGAAGACUGAUUCAUUCACUGGUGAAGUGAACGUUGUUCAGCCACAACGACAAGAGUCCGAAUCAUCCGCUGGCCACGAUACUGCUGGAGGAGUUCGGCCGCAUUGGCGGGUGUCAAGUGAAGAGAAAGCGUCAAAAGAACGUGAAACCUCUUCCACAAAGCCUACAUUGUCUUUCUUCGAGGUUGACGAGAAUUCGCAUCCUGUGCAGGUGACACCUCCUCAGCUUAUCAUUGGCCAGACUCCGUCACCGAAGACCAUCGGUAGAUCCCAUUCUCCGCGAGUACCAUCUCGCGAGCGCGCUCCUGAGCGAGUGGAGGGAGAAGCUCUGUUAGCCUGGGCUCAGCGAGUUACGAGCGGGUAUCAUGGAGUGAAAGUUAACGAUUUUACAAAGUCGUGGCGAAGUGGGUUGGCUCUAAAUGCGCUGCUUCACUCUUACAGGCCAGAUUUGGCAGGAGACUAUGAUGCUUUAGACUUCUCUGAAACAAUGAAUGGCAGAAAAACGAAUGUGAAAAAGUGUUGUAGCCUUCGUCGGGUGCUAGAGGGCACGACUGACUUGCCAACUCCAAUAUCAUCAUCAGAUCAUAGAAUUUCGCAGCUCUAUCAUAUAUCAGAGGCGGAGAAAAAGGUUAUUGACGAAAUCAAUAAAAUCAAAGAACAGCGCGAAGCAGACUCAGCUGUUGACUAUAGCAACGUUCAGGAUCAUGGUGGUCAGUAUGAUGGACGGUCUAGGGUCCCAGCAACUGGGAAACAGGUUGAUUCAUCAGUAGCCGAUCAGAGCAGUGAUCAGUGGUCUGACGAUCAGGGAGAUGCCCUGGAAAGAGAUGUCUCUUUCCGUGACCACGAUGUGUCUGUUACCAUGGUCACUCCAGCUCUUCCAACUUUCCGUUCAUCGGUUUGUUCUUUUUGUCAUGCCACUAUUUUGACUUUUACAAGUGCAAAAGGACGUUCUACUAGUCCAACGAAAAAGGAAGAAUUACGUAAGAAAGCUCGUCAAAUGCUUGAGAAUCCAUCCGCGGCAGCUUUUUCAACGGGAAUUUCGCAAGACGAUGGGAAGCGUAGACAAGAAGCACGGCGACUAAUUGAAGAAGCGGUUACGGAUGGUGCGACAUACAUCGUUGGAUCCGCGGAGGCGUCUACAUCGUCGUCGAAUCUACAGCGGUCUGCCUAUCGGUCCAAUACGUCAAUUAAUGGAUCGAACUCAGAUUUAAGGAAAAUUGAGUUAGUACGACCAGCCAUCUCGAUUCACACCUUCAAGAAACGCGAUCCUUCUCCGGUUCUCCAGCGGAAACAAUAUGACGCCAUUCCUGGGCAAGGACGGCCGGCACAAAUGGCCAAUGAUCGUUUGAAG